AUGCACGCUGGCAACAUCCUCACCUGCAGAGACGAACAAGGCCAUGGCCUCUCCCUGGUUACAAUCGACAAUGGAUACUGUCUUCCUGAGAGUUUUGAGGAUUGCACAUUCGAGUGGCUCUGCUGGCCGCAGUGUAGGCAGCCAUUCAGCGAGGAGAUGGUGGAGUACAUAAGGUCACUGGACGCCGAGGAGGACAUCGCCAUUCUGAGGUUCCAUGGCUGGGACAUGUCAGGCAAGUGUGAGCGCAUCCUGUGCGUCACCACCAUGCUACUCAAGAAAGGCGUGGACACGGGCCUCGCCGCGUUCCACAUGAGGAGCAUCUUGUGCAGGGAUGGGGCCAGACGGUCCCCGGAGUGA